GCGCACGCAUGGUUCUAUCGACCGACGACAGUAACGGCGGAUCUUUACCUAACACUAUUAAUUUCGCUCGAUCUAAAAAGUGUCGAAAAAACGGAAUAUUCAAUCAAAUACAGAGUAUUUCCAACAUAAAAAUCAAUGGCGAUGAUUCAGAACGCGAAUUUCGGUGAAUGUUUCAUAGUAGGCUGUGGCGCGCGCGAGUUAUCAGCCAACUGAAAAUAUCGUACGCCAUUAGAGGAGUGUUGAGUGCAGAAACGACACCAGACAUCGAAUUUGAAGUCUACUUUGAGGCAAAUAACCGAACCGGAGAAAAGCCGAAAAUAAAAACCACUGAAGUUUUAUCUACCGCGCAUGUGGUGCAUACCGGUGUCCCUUCCGCCAGUGUUCAAAGUGUUUCAGGAAUAAGGCAAAUCUGUUUCAGGAUACGAGUGAUUGAGCCAUCUCAUAAGAAAUCCUUUGUAUGCAUUGAGUGAAUAUUACAACAGCACGGAAAAAAUAGUUAAAUAGUGAUUAAGUGCACAGAAAUUCCGACUGUUCGUUCCGGUUAUUAGUUAUUAUUUAUCUAAUCAAACAAGAAAAAAAAAAGAGAAUCAUAGAAGUGCAACAACAAUAAUCAUCUCAAUUGCAAGUGCAGGGAAUUAGAGAGAAAAAUUCCCAAAAUGCUGAUCCGGUGGAAGAGCAAAGAUAAGAGCUCUUCUUCAAACUCGUCAGGCAGUACGAAAAAGAAAAGGAAAGGUCGGGAAGGAGAUGAAGAUUGGCAGAAUGAAAAGGGCAACCGCAAUCAACAAAAUGAGCCGGCGACUGACGACAGAAGACGAGUUCCCAGAAGUAGAGAAGAUCCCAGAAGACAUACAUUGGGUGGAGACAUGCUACACUAUCAAGGUCAAGGCGAACUCUCAGUUCUUCAGCGAUCACUGGAUUUGGAUACUCGUCAGAUGAGGGCAUACCCACCCGUUAACCAAGGGGCACUCUUCGAUGAUGACCCGGGGAUUAUGUCCGAGGUGGAAACCGCCAGCACCGGAUUCAGACGAGGUGGAAAACAACGUUCCUCGUUACCGGUUGUUCGAACACCGUCUAAAACCCUCGAAAGGCCUCUAGGACUAGUGUUUUUGCAAUACAGAUCUGAGACUAAAAGAGCGUUGCUUCCGAACGAAAUUACUUCCAUCGAUACUGUACGAGCCUUGUUUGUGCGAUCAUUUCCCAGGCAACUAACCAUGCAAUAUUUGGAAGGUCCUAAUGUGAAAAUAUAUAUUCACGAUUCCAGUAAGGAUAUGUUCUACGAGUUGGAGGAUGUGCGAUCGCAUUUACGAGAAAUUCGAGAUCGCUCUGUGCUAAGAUUAUUCGAAUCAAAUGAAGUAAGCGCUCCUCAGGUUCUACCUGGAGGUCCCGGCAUUCCACAACCGUUAGCGACGCCUGGUGCACCUGGACUAUGGGAUUCAGAACAAAGUUACUUCAGUGAACCGGAGUUCGAUUCAGACUAUAGGCAUCAACAUAUUCAUAAGAGUAAGACUGGAAAAGCGCCGUACUACUUAGGAGCACAGACGCUACCUAGAGGAAUGUAUUCAGAUAGAAGCAAAAGCACAACCGGACUACCCUCAAAGCCAAUAAGAUCGUAUGGAUCAAAAGGCAGUAUUGGACCGUCGUUUCCUUACUCUCCAGAUCAGCUGUAUAGCAUUCCAGACGGAUACAUGAGUUCUCCAGAACGAAGUGGUGCCAGCAGAGCAUAUGAGGAGCCCUAUUACAGCCAGUAUAGUGGGCGUGGUAAUGCAGUUACGUCAAUUAUAGAUGAGGAACAAGGUGAUGCCAGUUUAGCCGACGAUCAAUAUGCAAUGUAUGGUGUUAAAGGACUUGGAAGGAUUCCACAUGCUGCAAAUCAAAUGUAUGAUCCGACAAGGCCCGAGGAUCUACACCGCAUUCGAGUUGAGCACAUGGAAAGACAGUUAGCCAAUCUGACCGGCUUGGUACAGAAAGCAUUGACACAGAAACCAGCACAGCCAGUAGUUAGUAAUAAUCAAAGCACCCUUGGGUUGCCAGCACAAUAUCGUUCAGACAAAUCAGUGUCGUUUGAAAAAUCCGUGUCGUUUAGUGAUGAUGUUCAGGGAACCCCCAAGCCUUAUUCUCCACAUCACCUAGCUGAUUCUAAACCAUCAAAACCUGCAAUUAAAUCAUCAACGUUGCCACGGACGUCAUCCCAAGAAAAUUCCGUUCCAGAGCGUGAUCGCUUGAAGCCUGCCCCGCCACCAAAACCAUUGGUGUUAGCGGCGAAUCAAUACAAUGCUGACCUCUCGCUCGCACCGGAAGUGUACAACAAUUUACGGGGAUUGCAAAAGAAGGCCAAAGAUCUGAGAACGGAAGUACGGGCGAUGAGACGCCUAACCCAAACACAAGCAGUUGCCAUACGAGAGGAUAUUAAGGAUACUUUUAUGCGAAUACGGGCAACACUGCUGUCCAGUAGUGGAGCCCUCUGGGGACAAUCGGAUCAAGAGCGAGCCAAAAUGACUAGAGAGGAGGAAAUUUACAAACAAGAAGUCAUACGAUUAGAGAAAGAUUUAAGUGACUUAGAAUCAUCGGUUGAAGGUCUACGGGGAGAAGUCAUUAAUCGCCGGACGCGAGUUAACAUGACUGCAGUAGAAGACAUGGCCCUUGUUCUAAGUCGAGCGAGUAAAACUGUUGCAGAAUUAAAGUUACGGUUUCCCAGGUUGCAGCAAGAUUUACGUACAUUCCUUUCAAUCGACAUGGAAAGAAUUUGUCGAGAAGAAAAUUUUCUCAAGGAAGAACCGGAAAGACUGGAAUCUGCCUUGCGGAGAUGUAAGAAGUUAACAGGAACGUUAGUUACCCUAAAAAGACUUGCUAGUGUGCAAGAACAACGAUUACCUAUUCCUGAGCCAUCCUUAUUAGAAGAACCAGUGAGGUCAUCAGAAGGGCCACCGAAUCCUAAUAAGCCAGUCCCAAGUCCCAGGUUGGGGUCGGUCUCUGUCAACGGGGGAAUUGCGCCAGAAAACGCCCUCGACGCUCUACUAGACGAAUUGCAAACAUUUGCCAAACCACCAAACGGAUCAAAUGAGAUCCGUCCUGAUGAUUCUACUUCAGAUGAUAGCUCACAAGCUAUACAAAGCACAGUAACUACGAAAAUGGCUCAAGCACAACUCUAUCCAGAUACAAUUUCGACUAACGUAGGACUUAGACGUUUGCAUUCGUACCCAAGUGGUUCGGAUACAGAUACCAGUCCCCCACAACCCAUUCGCCCGGUUGGAAAGCCACCAGUUCCAGAGCGUAACGCCGAAUUACUAUCGAAAGUCAACAGUAAGCGAGUACCUCCACCUCCACCACCGCGCACUAGCUCUCGUAGCCCAUUGGCUAGUCCAACCAGUCCUAAUUUGCCCCAUCAAAUGCAACAAAUAUCAGACAUCGAUCAACAGAACAUCAUUAACUCAGAAAACAUGACAAAAGAUUCUGGGAUGGAUUCCAGCAGCGAAUCGGUUAGCUCAGACAACUCACAACGACAGCAAGCCCUAGAAAUGCGCCAUCAAGAAUUGUUGAAGAAACAGAAACAGCUACAAGAACAAUAUCAACGCUUACAACAGAUGAGCAAAAAUAGUAUCCCGUUAGUUACUCCAGAUGAUAAAAAGAAAAUGAGGUCAGGAAUGAGCGGAUCGAUGAAGAAUUUAAAUGAAGAAAAUUUUCCUGAUGGUAUUGAUGCUUCAAACUGCAGCAACGUCGAUAAAAAUGGUGAGCUCAGCAGCACUGGCACUGUGAGCAAUCUCACGAAGACUACCAAUAAGGUCUAUGAAACUGAUAUACUAUAACAGCAAGCCAAAGGAUGGCAUGAAACAGAUGUAGAUUUUCUAUGAUCUAAUUUAGACGCAAAACAUAUUUUUAGAUCCUUUGGCAAAUGAUGCUAAAGUUUUGUUAUGUUUUAUAAUUUUCGAUCUAUAUGUCGAAGAUAUACAGACAAAAAAUCGAGAGGUGUUACGAUUAUGUUAUACUUCUUACUUGUGAUGUUUUCAAUAAAUGAGCGUUAACUGCAUUAA